AUGGAACCAGAUCGCCGGCCUAGCGCAGACCAGAAAGAAGCGCUCGAGACCGAGAAACGCAUCGAAGAUGUCUCUAAUCCACCGAAUGCCGAGAGAUAUAUUGCACCAGAGGUGAUCCAAGCGCGAUUUGACCUACUCCGCGAUUUGGGACCAGACGAAAUGGCUGCUCUCAACAAGCGUGUGGUGAAGAAGAUUGAUUGGCACAUGAUGCCCUGCGUCACCUUGAUGUUUCUGAUGAACUACCUCGAUCGCAUCAACGUGUCCAAUGCCCGCUUGGCAGGCCUGCAAGAGGAUCUGCACAUGAGCGAUACGGUCUGGAAUGCGGGUAUCUCGACAUUCUAUGUUGGCUAUUUAAUAGGCCAGCUUCCUGGGAAUCUGCUCAUGGCCAAGUCGAACCCGCGCUGGUUUCUCCCUGCUGCCAUGUUCAUGUGGAGUACGGGGACAAUCUGCAUGCCUGCAAUGACAAACGGUGUGGGCUUCUGUGUCGUCCGAUUCUUCAUUGGGCUGACCGAGGCGCCCUUCUUUCCUGCCCUCACACUUUUAACAUCCUCAUGGUACACAAAAGAGGAGUCACCCAUGCGCAUGGCGAUCUGGCACGCCGGAAACACCAUAUCAAACAUUAUCUCCGGCUUUCUUGCAGCAGGAAUUCUCGAGAACAUGGAUGGCGUAGCGAACCUACACGCCUGGCAAUGGUUUUUCCUGAUCGAAGGCAUAGUUUCCAUCAUUGUUGCAUGUGGCGCUUGGAUCUUUCUACCAGGCUGGCCCCACAACACCCGCUUCCUAACCGAGGAAGAGCGCGAGAUGGCGCAAUACCGCGUCCUCGUGUCCAACGGUGGGCAUGACGAGGCUGUGGGAGGGACAUGGGAUGGUCUUCGAGACGCGGUCAAGGAUCCAUUCACCUGGUUCUUCUGCCUCAUGCACUUUGCCCUUGUCACCGCGCAGAGUUUCAAGGACUUCUUGCCUUCUAUCAUCAAAACCUUCGGCUUCGACACAAUGACCACCUACCUCGUCCAAGCACCCCCCUACGCCAUAGCCUACAUCUUCGCCUGUCUCGCCGCCUACUCCUGCGGCCGCCUCCAAGAAACAACCUGGCACAUCGUCAUCCCAAUCAUCUUCUCCGCAGCCGGCUGCAGCAUCCUGAUCAGCACACUCAACGUGGGCGCCCGCUACUUCGGGAUCAUCCUCCUAAUCUGUGGCACCUACAACGGGCUGAAUCUGCAACUCUCCUGGGAAACGACUGUCGUCCCCGCCCCGCGCGCGAAAAAGGCCGCCCUGAUCGCGAUUGCGAAUUGCAUCAGUCAGUCGAGUCAUUGGUUCAGUCCGUACUUUUAUCCGACGGAACAGGAGCCGUAUUAUCGUAUGGGUGGAGGGCUCGUGCUGAUGGGGUGUGCGCUUGUGGCGCUCUCGGCGUUUGCGGUCAAUUGGAGGGGGAGAAGGCUCAAUAAGAGGCUGGAUGAGGCCGAGGGGUGGUCGGAGUAUUCUGGGGUCGAGAGGGGGUGGAGGUAUAAGCUCUAG